GUGGAAUGUGUCCUUGGGACAUCUUUGUAUAACCCCAUCCUGAAAGAAGCUCUGCGAUGUGUUCAUUGUGAGUUUGUGUGAAGCCAGUUGCACUCUUCCCAAGAAAUAGCUUGCUAUGAGAACUGAGAUGGAAGAGCUGGCACCAGCAGAAGACGAGAGCCAACUCCCAAGCCCCCACCACGGCUCUCUGAGGAAGGCUGUGGCUGCCGCCUUGGCCCUGGAUGGAGAAUCCAUGACGGGUCAAAGGAAAAAGAAAAAGAAAGAGUCCUGCCCAGAAUCUAUCAUCAUCUACCGGUCAGAUAAUGAGAAAAUGGAUGAGGAGCUAGGGGAAUUGGAAGGUGGAGAGCAACCUAAAGAGGAGGAGGGAGAUGAUUUCCUAGACUACCCAUUGGAUGAUGGUAUGUGGAACAUGCCUUUGGACAGUCGCUAUGUCACGUUAACUGGGACCAUCACACGAGGGAAGAAAAAGGGUCAGAUGGUGGACAUCCAUGUCACAUUGACAGAGAAAGAGUUGCAGGAAUUGACCAAGCCUAAAGAAUCAGCAAGGGAAAUAACACCCGAAGGAAGAAAGGUCUGCCAGAUGGGAGCAGAUCGUGGGCCACAUGUGGUCCUCUGGACUCUGGUCUGCCUGCCUGUGGUUUUUGUCCUGUCUUUCAUUGUCUCUUUCUACUAUGGCACCAUCACUUGGUAUAAUAUCUUCCUUGUGUACAAUGAGGAGAGGACCUUCUGGCAUAAGAUUUCAUAUUGCCCCUGCCUCAUUCUCUUCUAUCCAGUGCUCAUCAUGGCCAUGGCCUCUUCCGUGGGCCUCUAUGCCGCUGUGGUGCAGCUCUCCUGGUCCUGGGAAGCAUGGUGGCAAGCUGCUCGGGACAUGGAGAAAGGCUUCUAUGGUUGGCUCUGCAGCAAGCUGGGCUUGGAAGACUGCUCUCCCUACAGCAUUGUGGAGCUGCUUGAAUCUGACAAUAUUUCAGGCAAUCUCUCCAACAAGGACCCUAUACAGGAGGUAGAAACCUCCACUGUCUAAACUCUAAACAAUUUACUUCCUUCUCUGGCCCCUGUAGUCUCUAUAUCAUCUUCCAAUUCCAGAGGAUUCUUUCUUUAAAUUCUCUCUC